CUGUCACGGUCACGAAAAGUCACAUAAUGAUUGCGCCGACACGUUUGCACAAUACAAAACCAGUCCGCAACCCAUCACUGCGAGCGGAACGAUGCUCACACUCGGAACAAUUCUUUACGUUUCGCUCCUUCUAAUUAAUGCAAUGGCAGUCCUCAGUGAGGACCGAUUCCUUGCGAAAAUCGGCUGGUCCUCUGUUCAGAACCCCAACGCCGCUGGCUUUCAGCCACCAUAUGAUCAAUCAGGAUACGGAUAUACCCAGCAGCAAGAUGCUGGUGUCAAAGUCCGAUUAAUCAACCUCAUUAGUGCCGUGCGGACCCUCAUGCGUAUACCACUCAUAGGACUGAAUCUUGUCAUAAUCGUGUACGAGCUAAUUCUUGGUGGCUGAGUGGUAUUAUGUACGUUCACCGUCGCGGACCAUGAGAUUAACAUGUCUGCUUUCUUUAGUCCGCGCUGUUGAGUCUGUCAUACUCUGCGUUGAUUUGUCUGAUGAAAUCUGCCGGUGAAUGACCGCCCUGAGAACACGUUGUAAGGUCUUGUAUACUGUGCGGCAAUGUUGUUUUACCGCAUACCUCGCAGUCAUACCAAGUGCCAUCCCGUAUACAUACUUGUCGGCCAUUGAUGAUGAUCGUGCAGCUUUUCCUAUUGCCGGCUUAGCUCCCAUGAGAUCCUCAAACUUCCUAAGGACGUACUGGAUCCCAGCUGCGAUGCUAUCCCUGGUGCUCUGUUGCAAAAGUUGUAUUCCUUCUGUUCCACGGCCGUCUCUUCCUGCGCAUUGACCAGCCUUGCCGUUUUCCCAGUUGAUUCCCGCUGCGUUGGCGCA